AUGACGAAAGAAGAAGAAGCAACCACUGAAACGGCGAAAGAAGAGAAAACCCCGGAGCAGCUCGAGAGAGAGGCGAAGAAAAAAGCAGCCAAGGCGGAAAAGGAUGCGAAAUUCGCGGCGAAGCAAGCGGCGAAAGCAGAAAAAGCAGCUGCACAAGCAGCAGCGCAAAAAGCGAAAGCGAACGAUGAAGGUGGUGGUCAAGUGAAGAAGGAGAAGAAGAAAGCGGAAGCGAAAGGACCUUCGCCGCAGGAUGUGUUGGCGUUGGAAGACGCGCUGAAAACGGAGAGAGGGAAAAAGAAAAACACGACGACGGUUCCGAUGGCGACGAGUUAUAAUCCAGUCGCGGUGGAAGCCGCGUGGUACGACUGGUGGGAGGAGAAGAAGUAUUUCGAAGCCGUGAACGGGUCGGAGAAACCAAAGUUUGUGAUUGUGAUUCCGCCGCCGAACGUCACCGGCGCGUUGCACAUCGGGCACGCGUUGACGAACUCGAUUCAAGAUACGAUCGUGAGAUGGAGGAGAAUGAGCGGGUACGAAGCGUUGUGGGUGCCCGGGACCGAUCACGCGGGGAUUGCCACGCAAACCGUCGUCGAGAAGAAGUUGAUGAGAGAAAACGGAAUCACGAGACACGAUUUAGGGAGAGAGAAGUUUCUCGAGAAGGUGUUCGAAUGGAAAGGCGAGUACGGCGGGAAGAUUUUUAACCAGUUGAGGAGGCUCGGCUCGAGUUUAGAUUGGACGAGAGAGGCGUUUACGAUGGACGAGAAGUUAUCGAAGGCGGUAAAAGAGGCGUUCGUGAAGAUGCACGAAGACGGGUUGAUUUACAGAGAUAAUCGUUUGGUAAAUUGGAGUUGCCAGUUGAAGACGGCGAUUUCGGAUAUCGAGGUGGAUUACAUCGACGUGGAAGGACCGACUAUGUUGCAAGUCCCAGGACACUUGAAGAAAGUUGAGUUUGGGGUGAUCACGUCGUUCGCAUACAAGAUUAAAGACGACCCGAACGACGACGAGUUGGUCGUCGCGACGACGCGUAUUGAAACCAUGUUGGGCGACGUGGCCGUUGCAGUUCACCCAGAUGACGAGAGGUAUAAGAAAUACCACGGCAAAACGUUAGUUCAUCCGUUCGAUAGUUUGCGAGAAAUUCCAAUCAUUUGCGACGAAGUCUUGGUCGAUAUGGAAUUCGGUACCGGUUGCGUGAAGAUUACUCCGGCGCACGACCCGAACGAUUUCCAAACUGGAAAAAGACACGAUUUGCAAUUCAUCAAUUGCUUCACGGAAGAUGGGAUCAUCAACGACGUCGGUGGCGAGUUGUUCAAAGGCAUGAAACGUUUUGAGUGCAGAGUUGCGAUUGAGAAAAAGCUGGAAGAGCUCGGUUUGUACAGAGGUAAAGCGCCGAACCCGAUGAGACUCGGUCUCUGUUCGCGAUCGAAAGAUGUCAUCGAACCGAUGUUGAAACCGCAAUGGUGGGUAAACUGCGCGGAUAUGGCGAAAGAUGCGUGCGACGCGGUCAGAGAUGGACGCAUGGAGAUUAUUCCGAAAGAGCAAGAAGCGACGUGGUUUCGGUGGUUGGAAAACAUUCGCGAUUGGUGCAUUUCCAGACAGUUGUGGUGGGGCCACAGAAUCCCAGCGUUUUACGUCAACUUUGACGACGAUCAAGAAAACAACGGCUUGCCGGGCGGAACGAGCGAAAAAGUCGACCGAUGGGUCGUCGGGAGAGACGAAGCCGAGGCGCAAAAGGAAGCCGAGAGGAAGUUUCCGGGAAAAAAAUUCACGUUGGCGCAAGACGAGGACGUAUUGGACACGUGGUUUUCGUCCGGCUUGUUCCCGUUUUCCGUCUUUGGAUGGCCAGACGAGACGCCAGAUUUGAGAGAUUUCUACCCGACGUCGUUGCUUGAAACCGGGCACGAUAUUUUGUUCUUUUGGGUGGCAAGAAUGGUCAUGAUGGGCAUGAAGUUAACUGGUAAAGUACCGUUCAAGCAAGUUUUCUUACACGCCAUGGUGAGAGACGCACACGGACGAAAAAUGUCCAAAUCGUUAGGGAACGUCAUCGAUCCAAUCAACGUCAUCGAAGGUAUCUCGCUGGAAGCGCUUCACGAAACCUUGGCUAAUGGCAACUUAGAAGAGAAAGAGUUAAAGAAAGCGACGGCUGGGCAGAAACAGGAUUACCCGCAAGGUAUCCCGGAGUGUGGAACCGACGCGCUUCGAUUCGCGUUGAUGUCUUACACUGGACAGGGCAAUGACGUCAAUUUGGACGUUUUGCGUGUGCACGCGUACAGGCAUUGGUGCAACAAACUUUGGAACGCAAUCAAAUUCGCCAUGGCGAAUUUGGGCGACGCGUACGAACCGGUAGAUAACGAGUACACCGAGUUGGACGUUUCAGACUCUUCCAGUCCGAUUGCGGCACGAUGGAUCAUCUCGCGUUUGAACAACACGUUAUCUAUCGUCGACGAAUCGAUGGAAUCGUACAACUUUAACAUCGCCACCGAUGCUAUUUACCAGUUUUGGAAAAAUGAUUUGUGCGACGUGUUCAUUGAAAUAAUCAAGCCGACGAUGGACGGCAACGACGAAGCGGCAAAAAAGAAAACGAGAGACGCGUUGUGGGUCACACUUGAAGCCGGUUUAAAGAUGUUGCAUCCGUUUAUGCCGUUCGUCACGGAAGAGUUGUGGCAACGCUUGCCGAGAAAACAAAACGCGAACACGCCGCAAUCGAUUAUGAUUGCUGCGUAUCCGAAAGCUCAGGAGAAGUGGGCGAACGAGAAGGUGGAAAAGUCUAUGCGAGACGCGAUCGAUUUUGUUAAAUCCUUGCGAUCCAUGAAAGCCAACUACAACGUUCCGGCGAAAGCUAAACCGAACGCGUACGCGAAAUGUUCGGAUCAAAACGUCGUCGAUGCCAUUCGAGAGAAUUUUAGCGGCAUCCAAGCGUUGGCUUCCGUUGGCGAUAUUACCAUCGACGCAAGCGUUGACGCGCCGGUCGGGUGCGGUGCGGUCGUCAUUAACGAUCAGUUAACAGUCUACCUCGAGUUGAAAGGCCACGUCGACGCGGAGAAAGAAACGAAAUCGGUCGAGAAAAAAUUAAAAUUAAUCUCGGAAUUGAACGCAAAGUUAGAGAAAACCAUGAGCGAAGAUUCGUACGAAGAGAGAGUGCCUGAAAACAUCCGCGCGCAAAAUAGCGAAAAGUCUGAGUUGCAAAAGCAAGAGAUUGCCGCGUUGGAGAAGACGAUUGAAGACUUUAAAUUACUGUUGACGUUGUAA